AUGUGCUACGGGAGGUGUGUUAAAUACACUGGGUACAAGCUGCUCAUUCUCGCCGUGCUCUGCAUUGUGGCAAAUGUUUUGCUCUAUUUUCCUAAUGGCGAAACAAUAUAUGCUUCGCACAACCAACUCAGCAAGUAUGUGGGCUGUCUCCAUGGCAUUAUAGGAGGAGGUCUUUUGGUGUUGAUCCCGGCAUUUGCGUUCAUUGGAUUAGAACACGAUCAUUUCCAUGGAUGCGUUCCUCAUGAAAACUAUCGGAGAAACUGUGCACUGCUGGCAUCUGUCAUAGUAGCCUGUGUUGGAAUUUUCGGUGCUGGAUACUGCUUCAUCAUUUCAGCUUUGGCCUUAGCUGAGGGACCUUACUGUUAUUGUGAAGAUGACCGAGUUUGGUGCUAUCCAUUCUCUCAUUCCGCUGGAGGGUAUCUGCCUCAACACCCCAAUUGGACUGGAUGCCGAGAGCCAAGGAAUGUUUUUACCUGGAACGUGACUCUUUUCUCUAUCUUGCUUGUCCUGAGUGGGAUCGAAUUAAUUAUCUGUAUUAUUCAAGUAAUACAUGGCUGUAUUGGAGGUGCCUGGGUUGUGUGUCACACUCACAAAGAGGAGCCUGGUGAGGAGAACACUGAGAAGGGAUGA